AUGCACCCAGGGUCUGGAUUAGACCAGACUGGGGGAGGGGGUCUGUGCCACCCACCUGAUCUCUGCACCUUCAGCUUCACAGACCCAGUCGUGUCCAUGGAGCUGCUGCGAGCCGUCCUGCAGCCCAGCAUCAAUGAGGAAAUCCGAGGCGUCUUCAACAAGUACAUGAAGUUUUUCCAGAAAGCAGCAAUCAAUGUGCGUGAUAAUGUCGGGGAGGAGGUGGACCCAGAGCAGCUCAUCCAGGAGACGUGCCGGAGUUGCCUAGAACAGGCCAAGCUGCUUUUCUCUGAUGGCAAAAAGGUGAUCCCAAGGUUGCCCCAUGAGCAGGCGGUACCGAAGCGUGCCAGACAGAUGGAUGAGGAGUUGAAUCGGCGAGGAAGCCCUGUUCCCAAAAAGAGAAAGGGUCGGCCUCCAGGACAGAGCCUGGCAAAUGAUCGUGGGGUCUCGGGCAUGGCUGCGUGGAAGCUCAAAGUCUCUGAGCCCGUGAGAAGGGAUGGACCAAAGUGGGAUCCAUCCCGACUGACUGAAACCACAACCUUUGUGCUGGGAUCUCGAGCAAACAAAGCUCUCGGGAUGGGAGGAACAAGAGGGCGACUCUACAUCAAACAUCCCCACCUCUUUAAGUAUGCAGCCGAUCCGCAAGAUAAGCACUGGCUGGCAGAGCAGCAGCACAUGAGGGCCACUGGGGGCAAGAUGGCUUAUCUCCUCAUUGAAGAGGAUAUUCGGGAUUUGGCUGCCAGUGAGGAUUACAGGGACUCCGUUGACCUGAAGCUGGAGGAGCUGAAGCCCUUCAUCCCACCGGCCUGGAUGACGGAGAAGAUGCAGAAGUACAUGGAGACGCUUCGCAAGGGAGGGGAC